UCAGCAACCUGAUUGAUAUAAAUGCCACCACAGAAUUGUUCCAAUUCAGUGCAGACAUAGAGUUUCCCCUCUGACAACCAUGAGGACGCUCGGCGCCCUCGUACUGUUGGGAUGCGUGCUGGUGAUCGCGGGCCGGGAGCUCGGGCCGCCCGCCGCCGACCUCGAGACGGCCGCCAGCCACCACAAGGGCCACCACCACGAGCACGGCGGCGGCAAGGAGCACCACGAGCAUCACCACCACGAGCAUGGCGAGAAGGGCCACAAGGGGCACAAGGGCCACCACCACCACCACAAGGGCGAGCACGGUGACCACGGCAAGCACCACCACGAGGGCCACCACCACGAGCACGGCGGUGGACACAAGAAGCACCACGACGAGCACGAACACCACGGCAAACACCACGAGCACGGCCACCACCACAAGGGCGGCAAGCACCACCACAAGAAACACCACGACAAGGGUGAGGAGACGGAGGGAUACCACAAGAAGUACCACAAGGAUGAGUAUCACAAGGACCACCACUUCUACGACGACCACCACAAGGAGGGCAAGCACCACAAGCACGGCCACCACCACGGCCACCACGAGAAGAAGGGCGGUCACCACAAGAAGGGCGGCCACCAUCACUCCGGUCAUCACGAGGGCCACCACGGCAAGCACGGCCACCACGACAAGCACCACUACGACGAGGACCACAAGGGCCACAAGGGCCACCACGGGCACGAAGAGCACCAUCACCACCAUCACGACCACGGCAAGAAGGGCGGCCACGAGGACCACAAGCACUGGGGCUUCCAUCACGGCAAUUCAGGUUCGUCGAAAAUGCGGGAAAUACUACUAUUAGCGGUCCUCGCUUGCGGGCUAGCGGCCACGAGCUGCCGACAUGUAAAGGAGGAUAAUUUAGGCGCGCUCGGGGACACCGACCUCACCCCGGCGGGAACGGAGCACAAGGAGGCCAAGAGCGGCAAGAACGAGGAGGGCGGCGGCCACGAGCACCACGCCCACCACCACAAGGAGGACGGCGAGAAGGGUGACAAGGGCUACAAGUCCCACCACCACCACGACAAGGGCGACCACGGCCACCACGAGAAACACCACCACGAGGGACACCACGACGAGCACGGCGGCCACAAGAAGAAGCACCACGACGAGCACGACCACCACGGGGAGCACCACGAGGCCGCGCACGGCCACAAGGGCGGCAAGUUCGGCCACAAGAAGGGUCACAAGAAGGGCUCCAAGACGACGGGCUUCCACCACAAGUCCCACAAGGACGAGUACCACAAGGAGCACAAGUUCUACGACGACUUCCACAAGGGCGGCCACCACCACAAGCACGGCGACUUCCACGGCCACCACGACGAGAAGGAGGGCCACCACAAAAAGGGCGGCCACCACGAGAAGGGCCACCACGAAAAGCACCACGGAAAGAAGGGCGAGCACGACAAGGGCCACUACGACGAGGACCACAAGGGCCACAAGGGCCACCACGGGCACGAGGAGCAUCACGCGCACCACCACGACCACGGCAAGAAGGCCGGCCACGCUGGCGGGAAGGAGUUCGGCUACAGCCACGGCAAGAAAGCUUGA